AUGCUAAUGAAUGUCACUCUUAAUAUACAUGUACUUGUAUCAAAAUUAGUUGUGGCUGAACAAGAGGAUACAUUGGAGAGUUCUCAGACUCAAACUGCGACUGGCAAUGAGGAUGUUCGAGAUAUCAAGACUACGAAUCGAAAGCAUGUUCCUCAUAAUCUAGCGCGGGAUAUUAAUAUACUUAUACUUGAUAGGGGAGAUAGACAGGCUCAGGCAGAAGAGUCUAAGUAG